AAGCCUUUUAACUAUAAAUCUUGCAUUACCACCAAAAAUAGAACGGACAGAGGAGCAAAUUUCUAUAGGUGCAAUGAAUGUAAAGAAAACAUUGACCAGAAGUCAGGACUCAUGGGAGAUAGGAUCCUUGACACUGCAGAGAAGCCAUAUGAAUGCAAUGAGCAUGUAAAAGCCAUUCACCAGCAAUUAUCUCUCAGUAGGAAUAAGAGAAUUCACACAGGGGGGAAACCUUAUGAAUGUACAGAGUGUGGAAAAGCUUUUCAUUACAAGUCAUACCUUAUCAUCCAUCAGAGAAGCCACACUGGAGAAAAACCUUAUGAAUGUAGUGAGUGUGGAAAAGCAUUUAAGGUGAAGUCAUGUCUAAUUGUACAUGAGAGAACCCACAGCAGGGAAAAACCUAAUGAAUGUAGUGAGUGUGGAAAAGCAUUUAAGCUGAAGUCAUACUUAAUCCGACAUCAAAGAAUCCACACAGGAGUAAAACCUUAUGAAUGCAAUGAGUGUGGAAAAGGUUUUUCUCAGAAGUCACACCUCAUUACACAUCAGAGAAUCCACACAGGGGAAAAACCUUAUGAAUGUAGUGAGUGUGGAAAAGGUUUUUCUCAGAAGCCACACCUCAUUACACAUCAGAGAAUCCACACAGGGAUAAAAUCUUACGAAUGUAGUGAGUGUGGACAAGUAUCAAAGCAGAAUUCAUCCCUAAUCACACAUCAGGGAAUCCACUCUGGGGAAAAACCUUAUAAAUGUAGAAAGUGUGCAAAAGCUUUUUCUCAGCAGUCACAUGUAAUCCUGCAUCAGAGCAUACACACAGGGAUAAAACCUUAUGAAUGUAGUGAAUGUGGAAAAGCAUUUAAGCGGAAGUCAUAUCUAACCGCUCAUCAGAGAAUCCACACAAGGGAAAGACCUUAUGAAUGUAGUGAGUGUGGAAAAGCAUUUAAGCGGAAGCCAUCCCUAAUCAUACAUCAGAGAAUCCACACAGGGGUAAAACCUUAUGAAUGUAGCCAGUGUGGGAAAGCUUUUUCUCAGAGGUCACAUGUAAUCCUACAUCAGAUAGUUCACACAGAGGGAAAACCUUAUGAAUGUAGUGAGUGUGGAAAAGCAUUUAAGAAUAAAUCAUCCCUAAUUGUGCAUAAAAGAACCCACACAGGGGAAAAACCUUAUGAAUGUAGUGAGUGUGGAAAAGCAUUUAAACUGAAUUCGUAUCUAAUCAGACAUCAGAGAAUCCACACUGGGGAAAAACCUUACGAAUGUAGCCAGUGUGGAAAAGCAUUUAAGCACAAGUCACCCCUAAUCAUACAUCAGAGAAUCCACACAGGUGUAAAACCUUAUGAAUGUAGUCAGUGUGGGAAAGCUUUUUCUCUGAAGUCACACAUGAUUCGACAUCAGAGUAUCCACACAGGGAUUAAACCUUAUGAAUGUAGUGAGUGUGGAAAAGCUUUCUCUCGAAAGUCACACCUCAUUACACAUCAGAGAAUCCACACAGGGUAA